AUGGUUGCAGUGGAAGUCAAUCCUUUUAAUAAACAACCGGAAGAUUUAGUGAUAGGUGAAUUUGCCAAUACCGUCACGGAUUAUUUUGUGUCUGUAGUUAUUGGAUUGAGCUUGCUUAAAUUCUUUGUCUCAUGUUAUGUAUUUAGUUGCAUGUCCAUGUGCAUUGCUCUUAGUACACCGACGGCUGUUAUGGUUCGAACUGGUAUUGGAGCGCAAAGUGGAAGGAGGAGGCAGGAAAAGAUCACUUCGAUAAGACCGAUACGCUUACAACAAAUCAACAGAUGGAAUAUCCUCUUGGAAGAUUACAUUGUGAACUACGGAAAGAUAUUGAAAUGUAUGAUGUUAAAUUUCGCUGGAUUAGGUAAUGAGUGUAAUAUAGUUAUAAGAACUUCAUAUGCUGCUUUUACAGCUACAACGACACCACAUCAAAGUCAUUCUGUAUUGAUUGGUAACGAAUCGCAAGUACUAUUUGGAAGAACAGCCGUAUUGGUGGCUGUUAAUAAAUCAUUUGCAGCUGUCGCGAUGAAUUACUCACAGCACAACACAAUACGAUCUUGCAGAGUUUCAUGCGGGGCAUCACCAAAUGGAAAAGCACAAAUAAUUAAAUCACUUCAAUUUGAAGGUUACUGA